GGCCGGCAUAAAGUGGAGUGACCACCUCUUGAAACCGCAAUACACUGAGCCGGCUAACGCUCCAGACUUGGAAGAAAGUUUGGAGAAGCUCUUACAAGGGGACCCGUUCACCGGGCAAAUGUUCCAUUACGGGGCCUGGAUUUGGAGGAUCUCACCGGGUGGCAUGGGUACCCCCCGGGCUGAUGAAGCAGCGGGGCACGGGGUACCCGCCCUGGGCAACACUGCGGAAGCUGGGGAUUCCAGUCACCCAGAGAUGAACUUCAGAGCAUUCAACAUCCCCACCAAGAAGACCGGUGGCUCCUCCUUUGCUGCCCCAAGAACCGUACCGGUGCAACAGGAGCUGGUGGAGAUCAACUCCGAGGAGGAAACUCCUCCGACCGGUCAGGCCGGAAGGACCACAGUAAACCCUCCCCUAGACAAAGGGAAGGGGAAGGUCCGAACCAAGCACGCCGCCACUACCCACCCCUCGGCAAAGAGGAGGAGGGGAGAAAGUGUCCCGGCCACAAAGUCGCUAGAGGAGCUCUGGGUCAAGAUGGGGCGAAAGCUAAAAGAGAUGGGUGAGGUCGGGCCUGAAACCUUGGGGAAUCUUGCCGAGGACUCCCCUUCCCGGUCACUUCAGCUGGAGGAAAAGCUGAAGAGGCUUGAAGCCCACAACCGGGAGCUUCAAGACCUGACCGCCCGGCAACUUGACGAGAUGGCCAACCUCUCGGCGGUUGCCGGUAGGGCGAACGCGGAGGUCCUCCAGCUGAAGGAGGAGAACUCGCUGAUGAUGGGGGAGGUCUCCCACCUGAAGGAGGAGGCGUGGGUGAAGGAGCAAGAGCUGCCCGGUCGGGCCAGACAGUGGAUGGAGGAGAACCUGGUGGAGGCCGCCCGGGUGCUUACUUCCUCUGAGGAAAGGACAAUGGAGGGCUUCAAGUUGCUGUACCGGGAGGAGCAAGGGAAAGAGAUGAUCACCCAGAUCGGCUCCUACGGUUUCAUGUCCGGCCAAAAACGAGAUCGGGAGGCCACCCAUGCGAUCCUUGCCGACCGGGAUCCGGACUUCAAUGCUGAAUCAUACGGUCUGGCCCCCAUCCCGGACGAAGAGCCUGCGCCUCCCUUUCCUCUUGAGUAAUCUUCCCGGCUGCGACCGGUUGAAUUAUUUUGGCAAAACUUCAAACUCAUUUCCCCGGGAAUGCCCGGUGUAGUUGUAAAACACUUAACUAUUUUGUUCU